AUGGUCGACUACAAGGGGCAGGCGCGCGCGGAGAUGCUGUUGGUGGCGUGCUUCGUGGUCAUCUGCACGCCUGCAUGGAUCUACGGCUUCUUCCAGCAGGACUUCACAUACCCGUUCCAAGCCUGGGUCGCCGCUACCAUUGUCAGCGCAUUGUUGGUUCUGCCCAACUGGCCCAUCUACAACCGCAACCCGAUUAAGUGGCUGCCUAGCGCCAUGUACGUGAAGAAGAAAAGCAGCUAG